CGCGGGGAAACCCUGGGACGAGUAGGGCUGUCCUGCGAACUCUGGGAGCUUAGGCCUUGCCGCUCAGCUGGCGUUCCGUGGGGUUUCAGGAGCUCUCUCCUCUCUGUAUCUUUUAUCACAUAAUACGUGGCCUCCAGAUUUUUCGCUGCACAUUGCAGUAGAUACCAUAUAGCAGAUAAUUAAAAGCCAACAUUUGUUGAGGAAAUCCUUGCUGGUUGGUGAUUGGACUGUGCCCUCUGUGAAGAAUGUCCAAAGGCCCCCUUAAGAAGUUCAUUCUUCCUCGCUUUGGUUUAAGAUGCCUUCCUUCACACUUUGCUGAUGCUCUCUGUCAGUGCUGUGGAGAUAUUUUUGAUCUCUGGAUUGCAUUUGAUGUUUUUGAGGUCUGUCUCAGCUCCUGCCAGUUCUGGGUGAUCGGUUCUGCCUUUCCCCUUGGUUUAUGGGCAUUUUCACUCAGUUGGGAGCAGCGCCGUCGUUUUACUUCACCACGCUUUUGGGAAAGUGGUCCAAUGAACCUUUGUGUGAACCCAUCGCAUUGCAGAUGUGUGAGGAACAAAUCAAGAACGUAUUAACCCAGGCAAAUUGCACUCCCCUGUAGCUGCGUGCCUGGCUUCCUCAUUGACAGAGCACCUGUCUCACUAACUCACAAAGCAGCAAAGGAAUAAUUGCCCCGUUAUUCUCUGGCAGCCUCAGACCUGUGCUGAAUCCAAAGUAACGCUGCUUUUCCUUCAUGUGGUGCUAGAAGCAGGGCACUGAGAUGGAUGUCACGUCGUGCUGCCGUUUGUUGUAGCGUGUGCAGCACAGGGAGACGAUCCAAAGAUUUCUCUUUGCUGAAGGCUCUUCCUUUAAUGGUUGCCACUGGGGUUCUGAGAGUCUGGAUGUCUGGAAGGAUCUGCUGCAGAGGGUUUCUGGUUCAGAAGGUCAUUACCUUUGAGACGCAGCAGCUAGCAGCUGUGCUAAUCUAAAGCAUUUCCAAGACCUUGGUUCAACUCAGCAAUGUCUUCCCCUGAAAUUGCUUCUCUGUCUUGGGGGCAGAUGAAGGUGAAAGGCUGCUCUACAACAUACAAGGACUGCAAAGUGUGGCCGGGAGGAAGUCGGACUUGGGAUUGGAGAGAAACUGGCACUAAUCAUUCUCCAGGAGUGCAGCCUGCUGACCUUGAAGAAGUUGUCAAGAAGGGUGUUAAAACUCUCGUCAUUGGCCGAGGCAUGAGUGAGGCUCUGCAGGUUCCUCCAUCUACCGUGGACUAUCUUAAGAAAAACGGGAUUGAUGUGUUGGUGUUGCAGACAGAGAAGGCAGUGGAAGAGUACAAUGCCCUGGCUGCUCAGGGUGUCAAAGUGGGGGGAGUCUUCCACUCAACGUGCUGAAGCACCGCUGCUCUGCAGCCUGCCCUGACCUCAGGCAAGCACUGGGCAUGCCUUGGCUGCAUCAAAUUACACUCAGCACAGCGGGGAAGUACGUGCCAAUGCAUUAAUGUGUGCUGCAAAGCUAAAAUGCAAGGGCAGUUUAUGAGUUCAGGGUUUAAACAGAAUGCUGUUAAUGAAAUCUUUUAACUGCAGAACAAUUUGCAUGCGUUCUUGGGAUUGACCUAAUCUUCCUCUGUAGACUGUGUGCAUUCUGGUUACUUUUUGGCUAAAUUAAUGAACUCUGGUUAAUUUUUGGCUAAAUUAAGACACUAAGUUGUGAAUGCUUUGAUUAGGAAGUGGUGCAGAAUUACAUUAUCAGUUACUGCAGCGUAGCCAGAAAAUAUCUGAUGAUGACAGUCAAGUGGUAGGUAUGAAGUGGUAGCAAAGGAUCACUUUAUAAAUGAGUUCAAUAAAGAAACAAAACACAGGGCAGCCCCAGAACAACAGCUCUGCCUCCUGCUGGUGAACUCACUCAGGGUUAUCACUCGACACUUUUCUUUAUGCAGGAUAUAGAAAAAGCUGUCUACUGGGAAUGAACAGAACCUGUGCCUUAAAGUUUUUUAUCAUUAAUUGAAAUGUGAGCAUUGAGUUGUGGAAUAUGUAUCUAUGCGAAACUCCCUACCUGCUUAAAAUGAUCAGGAAGAUCUGUCACAGAACUGCUUGUAGGAAAGCAGUCUAAGUUGCUGCUAGCAAGCUGGGGACAGAGGUAGAAUUCUUACCCAGCAGUAGCUGCUGAUUUAAACAAAUGUGUUGUUACUCUGAAAAAAAUUAAAAGUUCUUUUAGUUGCUGUUCUCCUUUUGUUUCGCCUACUUUUAUUAAUAUUACCAGUUACUUAUUGUAGGUUCCUUUCUUUUCCACCAGGCUCACUAAAUUCUUCGUUGGUGCUGAUGAAGUCUGUGUCUAUUAGCAAAAGAACAGAGAUGAUGCUGAGAAAAGUCCUGAGGCACUUGGAGCUAUCCAGGGGGCAGCAGAGAAGCUCAGAUGGGUGUGAGAAGUAGAUUACUUUCCCAAGCCUCAAGAAUAACCCUUUACAAAAUACUUCACUCUCUUACUAUUUGUUCUAGUAAUCAUUUUAUCGAUAAAACACAGCAUGGCAUAAAGGCAAAGGAAAGUUGAGUGCCCCUAAGUUUUAUCUUGCCAUCUCCUAAUUGCAGCAAUUCUUUCUAAUAGCGUAGCUGUAUUUGAGGCACAACCCUGAGCUAAACCAGCAGGAACUGCCUUUUCAGCUGCAUAUGUGUUUCCUCUUUGCAAACACCAUGACAUUUUUUCUGAAUAAUUGAGACCCAGAAUUCUGCAGCCUCAAGAGAAUCCUAGAAACCAUCUUUGCCACUGCACUGUGUGCAGACUUGUGUUCAUUAGCGUUAGCUGAUAGUGGAAAGCAGCUGCUUCUUGAUCACAGUUCGAUAUUUGUGUUAUUUCAUCAUCUUUUGGGCCUUGAACAGGAAGAGGCUUUCAUUAAGGGGAUAAUUCCAGUUUCUUAAGUGCUGUUACUCUGCUUGGAGAAGUAAAUACCUUUAUCUUUUUCCUACAGGUUUUGUUUGUUGUUUUCUACUUUCAUAUAGUACUGAAAUAGUUUUUUUAGAUGAAGCCCCCUUCAAAAGCACUGUUUGGCCCAGUCCCUGCUCUGAGAAAAGCACCACGGCCACCUAUACUGCUGUUACACAUUGUGUCCUCCCAGAGAGCAGGAGCACAGCCUGCUCUGCACUGCCAGUUGACUCUUAAAGGUGUGCCCUGCCCAGCUUUGUGCUGCAGCCUCUUCACUGUUCCCUCCAUUUGGCAACUAGUAGGAGACAGAAGAUUCCACUUCUAAAAUGGGGUGCUGCAGCCUGCAGAGGAAGGUAACUGCUGGGUCUCAGUUUCCCUAUUUUAGAGUAAAAUUGUGAGGUCUCACUCCUGUCUGUACGAAAUUUCAAGGAGAUAACGUGCUGCAGGUCUUCUCCAUCUUUACCUCCUGUCACUGCUGCCUGAAUGAGCUUUGUCUGUUGCCACAGAAGUCAGCCCACCUUGGGCUGCUCCGCUUAACCAAAGCCCUCUUUCCUCCUUGGUGCACAGUGUAAACAGCUGGGACUGAUUCAUCAAAAUUCAACCUGAGCUCAAAACGCUCUAUUAAGUCUCUGCUUACAGCUAGAGCCAUCAAUAAUUUGUUAGAACUACAAUCUCACUGCCCAAAUCUUCAUAGGGCAGGGCU